AUGAAUCUCAUAUUCAAUAGCUUCUGCUUCUUCUUCUUUCUCUUUAUCAUCUUCUCCUUUGAUUUCGUCAAGCCAAGGCCCUCCGGAAUUGAAUACAACAAAGAAAUUAUUACUAGUCAGGAGACGGACCUAGUUCUCAGGCUACCCGGGCAGCCCGAAGUUAACUUCCGGCACUAUUCUGGCUAUGUUACUGUUGAUGAGAACCAUGGGAGGGCACUCUUCUAUUGGUUCUUCGAAGCAAUUGAUCAUGUUGAUGAGAGACCUCUUCUUCUUUGGCUCAAUGGAGGACCUGGUAGUUCUUCUAUUGGUUAUGGAGAGGCUGAGGAGCUUGGACCUUUCUUAAUUCAAAAGGGUGUGCCUGAGCUGAAGUUUAAUAAACACUCUUGGAACAAGGAGGCUAAUCUGUUGUUUCUUGAGGCACCAGUUGGCGUUGGAUUCUCUUAUACAAAUACAAGCUCUGAUUUGGAUCAACUUGGAGAUCAUUUUACUGCAAACGAUUCAUAUAAUUUCUUAGUGAAUUGGUUUAAGCGCUUCCCUCAAUUCAAAUCUCAUGAGUUUUACAUUGCCGGAGAAAGCUAUGGAGGACAUUAUCUUCCCCAACUUGCCGAAAAAAUUUUCGAUGAAAACAAGAAGACUUCAAAGGAGAAUUAUAUUAAUCUCAAGGGCUUCAUGGUUGGAAAUGCAUGGAUGGAUGAUGAGACAGACACGAUCGGAAUGGUAAAAUACGCAUGGAGUCAUGCAAUCAUCUCGGACGAGUUGUAUCAGACCAUCAUGAUAAAUUGUGAUUUCAGUAACCAAAAUAACAGUAACGAUAUUUGUGACACUGCAAACACUGAUUUCUUCGAAACUUACAAACUCAUAGACAUGUACAGCUUGUACACCCCUAAAUGUGUCGAGCAAAACACACCGGUAUCUUCCCGGGGAUUGAGAAAGAUCGCCGGAAUCACAUCAAAAUUUUUUCCAUCACAGCAGAAAAGGAGUGAGUCUUUGGUUUUGAAGGCAGGUUAUGAUCCAUGUAUCUCAAAGUACAGUGAUGUGUAUUUUAAUCGCCCAGAUGUUCAAGAAGCUCUGCAUGCCAAUGUUACCAAGUUGCCAUAUGAGUGGUCUCAUUGCAGUGGAGUAAUCAGAGCUUGGAAUGACUAUCAAAUUAGUUUACUGCCAACAAUCAGGAAGCUCAUCAAUGGUGGUCUCAGAGUUUGGGUUUACAGUGGAAAUACAGAUGGAAGAGUGCCAGUAACUUCAACAAGAUACACAUUGAAUAAACUGGGAUUGAAUAAAACCCAAGAAUGGACUCCAUGGUAUACCAGUGAACAGGUAGGAGGGUGGACUAUAGUAUAUGAUGGUUUGACUUUUGUAACAAUCCGUGGAGCUGGUCAUGAAGUCCCAACUAUAUACUCCAAAACAAGCUCAACAACUAGUCAAACAUUUCUUGAUGAACAAACAUUUGCCUUCAAAGCCAUUGCUGUAAUUCCUUUUAAUCAUAAAAGCACAAACAACUGGAGAGAUAUGCUUGAAGUUCAAUAAGAUCAAUGACUUUAAUAUAUGAA